ACUGCGGUAAUGCUGUUUCGUGAUUGUCUGUGAACGGACACGAUGAACAAUAUUGUACAUCUAUUUUGAUUUCAUUCGAGAUAAUAGCAUGAAAAGGGGAGAAAUUCGUAUUCUUGUGGGUUGCUCUGUACUUACAGUGGCAUGUAUUGUUCUGAGUUUUGUUGGCGUGAGAGAAAUCGAGAGACUGGAAUGGUCUCCAGGGGAUGCUUUCUCGGAGGCCGAUUCCUGGGAAUCCAAAGUUGCCACACGGAAGUUGAGCUCCCUGACCAACUGUACCCCCAGGGCCAUCAAACAGUUCCCCGCGGGACUCUUCUCCCAGAAGCAGCGGGCAGGGGGCGCGGUCAUCAUCCAUAUACUGGUGGCCGUGUAUAUGUUCGCAGCCUUUGCUUACAUCUGUGAUGACUACUUUGUUCCAUCCUUGGAAAUUAUGUGUGAUGUGUUUCACAUUCAGUCUGAUGUAGCUGGUGCCACGUUGAUGGCCGCAGGAAGUUCUGCUCCCGAGCUCGCCACGGCAGUCAUUGCUGUAUUUAUAGCACAGGAUGACAUUGGACUAGGGGCUGUGGUUGGCUCUGCUGUUUAUAAUGUGUUGUUUGUCAUCAGUGUGUGUGCCUUCUGUGCUGGCAUGGUGGUGCAACUACACUGGUGGCCGUUAUUCCGAGAUUGUGCCUUCUAUGCCCUCAGUGUUGGAGCCCUGGCCUUUGUCAUUUUAGAUGAAACGGUUUUCUGGUAUGAAGCUCUGAUCCUGGUGUUGUUCUAUGUAGCCUACAUUGUUCUGAUGUACUUUAACUCCACUAUAGAGGAGUGGAUCGUACCAAAGUUCAAACACUGUUGUAAGCCGUUCUCCAGAAAAAAGAAUGAGCCUGAGUCUGUAGUUCUGUAUGAGAAGCUCAGGAACCCGGGGGUAGGAAAUGGGGCAGUGUCCAAGAUGGAGAACGGUGGAGAUAAGUGGGAUGGUACACAGAUUGCCUCUCCUGACUCAGAUUACAAUUCGGAGGAAGAAAUCAGCGAGACUGAUGUCAUGUACAAAGAGAUUGGUCCUAAGCCAACAGAGGAGCCCGAGUCUGUGUUUGAGAUGCCGGCGGGCUGUAUAAGGCGGGGUAUAUUUGUGGUGUGUCUACCAAUCAAAGUUCUCCUGUACCUGACGGUGCCGGACUGCCGCCGAGCCCGGUGGAGGAGGUGUUUUAUUCUGACGUUCUCUAUUUCACUGGUCUGGCUGUCUGUGUUCUCCUAUGUCAUGGUGUGGAUGAUCACCAUUAUAGGCUACACUGUACAUAUACCUGACUCAAUAAUGGCCUUGACCUUUGUGGCUUUUGGGGUCAGUCUCCCAGAUGUAAUAUCUAGUGUCAUUGUUGUCAGAGAAGGUCUUGGUGAUAUGGCAGUAUCUAAUGCAGUAGGGAGCAAUGUCUUUGAUAUCCUCAUUUGUUUAGGAGUUCCAUGGCUUCUAAAAUGUGCUCAAGGAGGCUUUAAAAAGCCUAUACAAGUUUACAGUGAAGGUUUGCUAUACUCGACCUUGACCUUGCUGUUAACCAUCGUCUUUCUAUUGGUGGCGACCCAUGCUAAUGGAUGGAAACUGACCAAGAGAUAUGGACUGGUUCUCAUGAUCGUCUACAUACUGUUCACUGUACUAACAGCCUUAUAUGAACUGAAUUUAUUUGGGUAUGUUCACCCAAAGGAAUGCCAAAGAAGUGAUUGAUUUGUAUGGAGGGUUUAUUUUAUAAUGUUGUCUAUUGUUUUUCUUUGUUUCCAAAAAAUGACCAAAUAUUUCUGUGAUCUGAGUAAUAUUUAUUUUUAAUUUAAUUUUUAUCAUGUUCUUUUUUUUUCUUUAAAAGAAAAUCUCAAAUAUUAUUUUUUUUAACACUGUAACACAAUUGGUGCUUACUAGAAUUCUUCUCUCUUUUUACACAAAGUACAUGUACAGGGUCAAUUCUCAACACGUGUCAAAGUUCAUUCAACAUGUAAGAACUCUUCAGCAUAUACUUCAUAUCAUUUUGUUUCUCUCACCCUCAUAAUAAAACUUAUCUAAAGGUCUUUUCACAUUAUCUAGUCUAUGUUAAAGAUGCAUAUUUUGUUGUUUUAGUGACUGCAUAGCAAUAUGGUAGCCUAGCUUUUACACAGCCGAGAUUAGAGAGAGCUUGUUUGAAUGUUAAAUAUAAUAUGCAACAUUGUUAUAAACAAUAUAAGGAAUUUUUUUUAUAUGUCUAUCUUUGUUACUACUUUGUAUCCCAUUACAAGCAUAAACUGUAAUUGUUUAAGUUUUACCCCAUUUUUAGAAGUAAAUGUUUUGAUUUUCACAAAAAAAUCCUUACUUUGCCUUAUUUUUGCUCUCAAAAAUUUUAAAUAAUUGAAGAAUAUGUAUUCUCAAUUAGCUUAAAAGCUAUUGUAAUAUCUGCACUAGAGUAAGAUAUACAUGUCUGUAGUUCUUAAUGGAUAGCUAAACAGUUUUGUUCAUAAAUACAUCCCUGAUACAUUUAUUUUUUAAAAUGAAAUUCUUUUUGUUACUUUCUAUAAAAGCAUUCUGUUGUAAAUUAUAUGAAAGUGUAUGUUUAAUGGAAUGAAAUUCUAUGUUGUUAAUGAAUUACAUUUUAGUGUAUAUUUCACACAUCAGAUUUUAGUUUAGAAGAUCAAGACUCAAUCCUUUUGGUGUCUAUGAAUUUAUAGAAUGGAAUCUUUGACCUGUGAUCUAAUUUUUUUUUGUAAAAAUUAUAUUUAUACAUUAUGAUGUUCAGUGUGUGAUAUUUUCCUCUAUUUACAUUGUACAGUGUAUAAUGUACAUGUUUAUGUGAAAGAUUUCUUAAAAUAUAAAAAAAGUUUCAUAUUUGGUAUGUUUUAAAUCAUUAUAUAUGUCAUCUUCUUCAAUUUAUUAUAUUCUUCUUGUACAUGUACAAGAUUUGGAACAUAACUUUAACUAAAUUUUGUUUUACAACAUUCCAUAUUUUGAUAAUAUGUUUAAAU